AGGCAGAAUGCCUCUCCAAUGGCACACUUUCACGCCGGGAAUGUCGUUGCCGACGAGCCCAUUCAUUUCUGGCUUCACGCACCUGAGCGACCUGACCUACGUGGCCAGGUUGGAGCUGCAGGGUCGGCGCCUCGUCGGCUACAUGGCCAGAGGCGUUGGCUAUUUCGCUGAUUGUGAGGGCUCUUCCGUGGUCAGAGUCAAGGAUUUCUUUGAGGUGCUGGAGGAUUGCAAUUAUUCGUCCUUGUGCUGGCUGUCACCCUCGGAGGAGGCUCAGAUGCCGGCCAACAUCACCUUCCUCAACCUGAGCCAGACGAUAGAUGAAGUUGUUUACUUGGGACAGGCCUUCUGCAAUGAUGGACUGUUGUCCGGGCCCGUGAUUAAUAACAAGUGCUUCAUUCCAUUGGAGUCAGGAGAAGUGGUGGAAACGAGCCCAAUGACCUUAUUAGCAAUCCGAAACCAAGAAAUGUGCGGUCGAUGUGGGGCCGAGCUGCGGUGGAGCAACCGCCACAUUUACCACGUAAAGCGCGACAGUGUUGGCCGUCCGCAGUAUUUUCAGCAGUGUGACCAGGCCAUGGAGACAUGAUUCCUUUGCGUUCUAAAAAUGAAAUGAAAACUUUGCUUCUAUAC